AUGAGUACUCUCAUUCCCACUUCAAGUGCUUGCCACAAUCUUCAACUUCCUCAUACAGAGAAAGACGAUAGACUCAAUCUCAAUGUCAGAACAGGAUCCUCGUCGACUUUGUAUAACUCACUCGUAUUGACCUCAGGUGGGUUGACCAUAGGCUUGGAACUCGGAGACACAACUAUUGAAGAGAUCUACACUACUUUCCGUCAAAAGGUCUCCAGCUCUGUAAUGAAGUUUAAGUCUCUUGAUAAAUAUUUAUCAGGAGAGCUCUUCUAUCUUAGUCUUAUAGACAAGGUCUGGAGCAGAGUUCCAUACAAUAGAGAUACAGAUGGACCACGACCUAAACCUCGUCUUUUCCACCAAAUUUGUGCUCUCAACAACUGCGUCUAUCUUUUUGGAGGAUUGGUGAUCCCAGAAGACGCAAAUCCCACCAGCGAAGAUGAUACCACUAUCAAAGACUUUUUGGUUCCAUGUAACGAUUUGUGGCUGUUCAAUUUGGAGCUGAACAAAUGGAGACUUUUAAGCGAUGGAUCUGAGUAUGAAACGAAUCGAGCUAUACCUCAACCUCGGUUCAACCACAAAAUGACGACUAUCAACAGUCUUUCGUUUGUGAAUAAAAAAGACCAUUACGGAAUUUUCAUUGCUGGAGGAAAGGAUGGAAACUCCAAUCCCAUCUAUGACAAUGCUGUCUUCGAUUUGGUGGAAAACAAAUACGUAGGCUCUGAACCCAUCAAGUUGAAGACAACUACAGGCAACGUUGAAAAGGAUUCCAAGCUGGGUUUGGACAAUAUUGUAGCCAAUGACAAGCACGAGUUGAAUGUCGACUACAACAACAGCAUGAUAGUGACUUUCACAGAGGAUAUCGACCACCAGCAUCACCAGCAGAUCAACGACAAGGGCAAAAUCCAUCAUGAAUACAGAAAAUCAACAUCGCAAGAACAGUCGUUCAUCAUCUAUACUCCGACUAUAGACAAAUCACAAGAUCAGAAUAACAAUCCAUUGGUCUCCUUCCGUGCUGGAAGAAAAAUUCACAAUGGAAAGCCGCUUCCCAUGCAUCGCAAAAAAUUAUUCACCAAUGGACAAAACAGCGAGGGCCCUACUAUUGACAGACGAGGAUUGAACCAUACCAUUCCCUUUAAUCUUAGAUAUCCCACUGGUGGGUUAUUUGGGCAAAAUAUCGUCAUCACUGGGUUCUUGCCAGGAGAUUUUGACAUUUCCAUUUUCAUCUACAACAAGCCUACGGGCAAAUGGUCGCGAUUGAAUAUCUUCUGCAAUCAUGACUAUGGUUCUCACAGAUUCUGGGGAGGUUUUGCCUGGCAGUCGCAUCACAAGGUUGUCCUCAUUGGUAACUACUUGACAUCUCGGACUACUAGCAGUAUUCGUUUCUUCACUGUGAUGAUAACUGUAAGUCUACCCAUCACGAACAUACUAGCUAGUUCUGAACUUGCUGGUGGCCACCAUCAUGGACCUGAUGGAAGAAGGAUUCCUCACCGUAGAGUCAGAUUGAGUAAUGCCAGUGAGAAUGCCUCCAAUCGUAAAAAUAUCGAAGAAGAAUUGAGUGAUGAUUCUUCGCCAGAAGUACUCACAGAAGAAGAGUUUCUCAAGAAAACGUCUGAUAGAAGACCCUCGUCGAUAUCCCAGGCUAGCGACAAGACUUCUCCCACAGCUAUAAGUUUCAGUGAAUAUGUUCAUUACGCUGCUCCAAAGACGAACUUCACAAGCAUUCGAUCGGUAUUUCCUCCUGCUGCUAUCACGUUAGGUCGGAAUGCUUUUGACAGGUACGGAGACUUGAUUUCAGACUUUGAGUUGGUGUCGUGCAAUGGGGAUCGUAUUCCAGUUUCGUUGAUUGUAUUGAUGGAAAGGUGGGGUAGAUAUUUCAUCCAACUUUUGGCAAGAGGCUAUGUGUCUGCUGUAGAUAAGUUUGAGUCUGACCAGGCUCUAGGCGUAUACAACUCCGACAAACAGAGAUUGAGAACGUCCAAGAGUGGUGGCAGCGGCAAAACAAAUAAAGAACCGUCUAAUCCCUUGGAACAGAAUGAAUCUGAAGCUUCACCAGAAGCUAUUCCUCGUAAGGAUUCCGUUAGUUCCUUUUCCAGUAGUAAUUCCUUGCUUGCCUCUCAACUUCAGGAUAUUCCGCCACAAUUGCCUCUACCAUCUGACCAGAUUCCAGGCAUACCUGCAGCUCCUGCCUCGUUCAAGAGUAGCACUUCUCGUAAAGGGUCACAGGAUCUUGGAUCACCAAGAGCUUCUUUGAUCCAUACCUUGACUGCGUUGAGAAAUAUUCCUAUCUCCAAGUCUCCUCGUGAGUCUCCAUUCGCAUCUCCAAGAGCUUCUGUAUCUGCUCAAGGAGCUUCCGUUGUUGGAGGAGGUGACUUGUACAGUUCUCCAGUUCCUAACUUACGUCCUGGUCGUUUCAGUCCCACGCUGGAGGUGAUGGGACGUUCCAAGUCUAUUGACUAUUCGUUGAGUGCGUUCAAUGAAGAAUCGGCAGAACAAGGGAACAAGACCGAACCCAGCCAAGAGAUGGAAAGAGAACAAAAGAACGCAUCGUUGUCAUCGACCCACUCUGAAGCACUUUCUGCUACCUCUUCUGGAAGAGACAGCAAUGAUGAUGAUUUUUCAGGAGCUUCUGAAGCGGAUUUGUUGAGUCAAGCAUGCAAGGCUGCUAAGGAAAGUCAUGGAAUGUUUGAUAAUGCUUUGCUCAACUUUGAGAACUUAGAUGCUGCCACGUUCACCAUGGAGCCAUCCUUGAUUCCCAGAAAGUUGUAUGUCCCUUUCCCUUCAAUAACGUUGAAGGGUUUCUGUGAAUACUUAUACACUGGACAGGUUGGAAACAAGUGGCUCCUCGUUCCCACGACCUUGGACAAUUUGUUAAUGUCCAAAUUCUUCAAAGUUCCGUUAUUGUACGAUUUGAUCAGUGAGGUUUUGUUUGGUAUUAUUGGCAGAAAAGAAGCUUAUAUCGUCAAGGAAGGUAACAGAUUGAAGAGAAAGUACUUCAAUGCACUUGAGGAGAUGGGAAAAUCGUAUGAUAAUUCCUUUAAGUUCCCUUUGAAUGAAUACGAAGGAUUCAUGGAUACAGUGGACGACGGGUAUUUAGAUAUUGCCUUGUUGAAAAAGACUUCUAAGACUCAUCAGAGUAGUUCUGUUGUUUCAAUGUCUAGAAGAAGAAGAUACCAAGCGGAACAUGGUAAUUCUCGUCGUCCUUCGACAGCAACAGAGUUGACUGAACCUGAUGAAGAGGCUGAAGAUGAAAAUGAAGUUGACGAUGAGAAAGAGAAAGAGAAAGAAGAAUCACAAGGAUCUAAUCUUCAUAGCGAGUCGGCUGAAGACUCGUCUGAUAGAAAAACUACUUCUACUAGUGAAGAUGAUGGAAUCGAAUUAGGAUUCUUGAAUGUUCACGAGCGAAAUUCCACUACUGUAGGACCGCGCUCUAAGUCGGUAUUUGACAGAUCCAACACUGUAUACAACGAUUUCUUCCAGCACGCCUAUGAACAGGCACAUGCUGGAGAUGACAAUGGCGAGAAGGCAGUAGGUCUCACCAUUGAGCAAUUGGUCAGCCCAGAUUCUGAUAUACCAAAUGACUAUGUAAUUGAUUUGGUAUAUGAAGCAUCGUCGAUUGUGACGGAUUUGAAGUUGAUGUUGAGAGCAGCCAACGUCAGAUUGAUGAACAAGAUAUUGAACCAAAGUAGAGUUGAAGUUGAAGCCGAAAUAGAGAGGUUGAAAAACAGCCAAAUGGAAUCUGAUUUGGAAGAUAGUGACGACGGUGGCAUUUCUACCUCCAAAGCGAACGAUAACUUUGUUGCACCAAAAGCACAUACUAGUGUCAGUGCUACCCAUAUGGACUUAAAUCCGUCAACUUCUGCAUCUUCGUUGGUUUCUUCGGGUCUGCUGAAGGCUCCGAAGGAUUUGGAGAAGAUGAAGUCGAAUAUCAGUUUCCGAACUGUAGGCUCUCUUACGCCGUUCAAGCACAGCAAGACUGAAAAUAAGAUAGGCGGUAAUAAGGACAUUGACAAGCGCUUCUCCAAGCUCAUGAAGAAGGACGAGAAGUUGAGAACAAAGGAAGGCUUGCUCAAGAAAAAGGUAAUGUCGAAAAGUUCGACAAGCUUGAAUGAAAUUGGCCAAUCCACCGCUUCGUCAAUAAUGUCGAAGAGUACAACGCAACCCAAGAAGCACCAUGGUUUGUUCCAUCGCAGCCACAAGAAGAAAGACACAGAUGAUUCUUCGUUAGAAUCUACAAAAUUAAGCAGAACACAGUCUACAACUGCCAGUAUAGAAUCCGCACACAGC